AUGUCAUCUUGUAUAAAAAGAGUCUUAAAUGAUUUAACAAAUGAACAAAAACGUUUAAAAAAUGAUUCAGCCAUUGAUUUAAAUUUUGAUAUUGGAGAGUUAAAACAUGAAAAAUCUCAAUCGUCACAUUCCAUGUCACUCCUAUCUGACUCAUUGAUCGAUAAUGAUUCAAUGUUUGAAGAUGAUGUAUUUGAAGGAGACCAUAGUGGGAUUGUGUCUCUAUCAAAAACUGAUUUAAAUCGAAGUCGACAACGAUUAAAUGGAAUAUCAACAUACCAAAUGAAAGAAGGAAAAAAUAAACGUAAAAGUCAAUGUGUAAAAAAAGAAACAAUUAUUGUUAAUGAAACAUUAAAUCAAUUACGUGAAGAGCAAGCUCGAAUCGAUGCUCAUUCGCUUUCUAUGACUGCCAAAUAA